AUGACCUCAAAUAUAGCCGAAUGUAUUAAUGGAAAAUUGGUAGCAGCAAGAGAGUUGCCUGUUUUUUAUUUUCUUGAAGAAGUGAGGAAGAUGUUUGGGAGAUGGAAUUGCACUAAUAGGAGGAACGGUACAUACACAUUCACAACACUUGGAAAAACAUUCCAGCAAUUAUUAUCAAUAAACGAAUGUAAAUCUCUACGUAGGACGGUUGAACCAUCAACUGAAUAUGUGUAUACCAUAAAUGAUGAGGCAAGGCGUUUCAUAAUUGAUCUUAAAAGGAAAACAUGCAGUUGUCGGAUGUUCCAAAUGGACGAGAUACCAUGUCCACAUGCAUGGGCUGUAUUGAAGAGUAAAAGUCUUAUGCCUGAUGAAUAUUGCUCAGACCUAUUCAAACCAAAGACAGUGAUUAAGACGUAUGAUGUGCCGGUGGAUCCUCUGCCUGACGAGAGUGAGUGGAAUAUUCCCAAACACAUAUGCGAUGAAGUUGUUUUGCCACCAAGAUACAAGAGACCCCCAGGAAGGCCAAAGAAGAAGCGAUAA